CUGUUCUGUCAAAAGUGUCAUUAGUCAAAAUCGUCAGAAUCAACACUAAAUUUACAAGACGUUCCGCGAUUAAUCGAAGAAAUGGAAGUGAAUAAGGACGAGGCGGACCGAUGCAUUGAAAUCGCCGAAAACGCUAUCCUUGAAAGGAACCGAGAAAAGGCAAAGAAAUUUCUUCAAAAAGCCGAACGAUUGUACCCCAGCGAAAAAGCAAAAGUGUUACUUUCGAAAAUCGAACUAAUGCCGCCCUCAAAGGAACCAGAAAUUAAGCAAAGAAAACCGGCCCCUAAACCGGAAAAACCAGCUGAACCUGAGUACACUACUGAUCAAGCUGAAGCUGUAAAGAGAAUUAAAAAGUGCAAGGAUUAUUAUGAGAUUUUGGGGGUUAGUAAGGAUUCCACUGAUUCUGACAUUAAAAAGGCUUAUAAGAAGAUGGCUUUACAAUUACAUCCAGAUAAGAAUAAGUAUCCUGGGUCAGCAGAAGCUUUUAAAGCAAUUGGAAAUGCAGUGGCCGUUCUAACUGAUGCUGAAAAGAGAAAACAAUAUGAUAUGUUCGGUCCUGAUGAGCAAAGAAACACACGACAUCACGAGUCAUACACGCGGGGAUUUGAAGCUGACGUUAGCGCAGACGAAUUGUUUAAUAUGUUCUUUGGAGGUGGAUUGGGAGGAAGUUUCACUAAUUCGAACGUGUAUGUACACAGAACCCGAUUUCGCCGUACUGCUGGCGGUGAAUCGACACAUCAAAAUCACAACCACAGAGAACAACAACAAUCUGGGUAUACCUUAUUGCUACAGUUUUUACCAAUAAUUCUAGCUGUUUUAUUGUCGAUGGCAUCUAGUAUGUUUAUUUCUGAUCCAGCAUAUAGUUUACAAGCGACUUCAAAGUAUCCGUUGAUGCGUAAAACGCAAAACUUGAAUAUUGAAUAUUGGGUGAAACAGAACUUCCACAAUGAAUAUCAAGGUUCAGUGAGACGUCUUGAGAGUACAAUUGAAGAGGAGUACAUAACUUCGCUCAAACAUUCUUGUUAUCGUGAAAAGAACUAUCGUGAAUCGUUAUUGUGGAAAGCUCGAAAUUUUGGAGAUCGUGAUAUGUAUCUUUCCGCGCAGAAUAUGAAAUUGCCAUCUUGCGAGAAGUUGAAUCAGCUUCGUAGUCAAGGGUAAAAAAGCAUUUUGUUUAAAAAAAUUAAGUUUGUCGGUUACUGGUAUAUCCUGCUGUUAUUUUAAUUGGUCUUUAUUUAUUCCAAAGUACAUACAAAAUUGAAACGUGUUUUAUUUAUGACUUGAUUAUAAGUAAGUUUGUUGAUAGAUUGUUAAAUACAACCAUAAAAUUAAGUAUUUGAGAUUAAAGAAUUGUGGAAUGUUUUUUCUAUUAAUAAUUUUCAACUGUAUUUCUUGAAGUAUAACGAUUUAAAAUUCCACAAACUUCUUAAAUAAUAUAUUUCAGAACCUAAUUUUAGUAGUUGUGAAAAGCUCACGGUUUAAUUAAUAAUUUAGUGUAUGGUUUAAAGACAUGUAAUAUAUUUCCCUGUAUUUAUCUUAUUUUGGUUAAUUAACUCAACUGAGAAGUAUAGUGUAAUUCACAUAAACCAAGUUGUAAUUCUGUGAUACUUGUUUGUUUUAAUUUGUUGGAAUGAAAAUAAAUACCUAUGUAUCCAA